AUGCAGGCUCCCAGCUUGUCGUCGCCAGUGCCAUGGCUGUUGUUUCUGCUCUUUUCUCCUGCCGAUUCUUACUUUGGCAACGCUGUCGUUCGUUGCCAGUUUAAUUCCACGCGAGAUGUGGUUUUUCUGGAACAAUUGUUCUUCAACAAAGUGUUUCUGGGCGAAUACAACAGCAUGCUGGGAAAAUAUGUGGGCUACACAGAGAAAAUGCGGAAAAUCACUGAAGAAUUUAACAAGAGCAAAGGGUUUCUGGAACGAGCAAGAAAGAAUCAAAAGCAAUGUGAAGACAACCGUGAGCUGGUCUAUGAUGUCAUGUUGACACCUGCUGAGCCUUCUGUCACACUGAGGUCAGUUGAGGCAGCAGGCACGUCUCAUCCAGGAAUGCUUGUCUGCAGCGCUUACGAUUUUUACCCCAAAAACAUCAAACUGACAUGGCUGAGGAACGGACACGAGGUGACCUCCGACGUGACGUCGACAGAGGAGCUGUCCAACGGAAACUGGCUCUACCAAAUCCACUCACAUCUGGAAAUUGAUCCCUCCCCUGGAGAUAAAAUCACCUGUAAGGUGGAGCACGCCAGCCUCAUGGAGCCCAAGCUCUAUGAGUGGGAAUUGGUCACAACAUCAGACAAGAAUAAGAUCGCAGCAGGGACAGCGGGGAUUGUGCUUGGCCUGGUUUUUCUUUUUCCCGGAGUCAUUUUCUACAGGAGGCGCAAUAAUGGUCACCAACCUGUGCCAACAAAUCCAGGAACACAAUAAAGAUUAUGUACAUGAAGCACAUGAACUGAAACGUUUAAACAUACAGUCUGUUACAGCUGCCCUGUAUUGUCUCUUCAUUGCCCCCCAGCAAGUGUGUGAGUGUAUGUCUGUGUGGUUUCCCAGGUUGCUGCUGCUGCAGGAACCAAUCAUCCCUUCAUCGCCUGCACCUGUUGAGCCUGGGCAGAGAGCCGUUCGUCAGCCUAUCCUGCAAACACACCUGAGGAGCUAAAAGGGAUUGGCUGUAACAAACCAGUAGUAGUAGUAGUAACCUAGUAGUUAGUUGUGGCUGUUGUUGGUUAGCGAGGCACUCGACUCUGUGAUGUCUAGUACUGUGUUUUGGUUUCAGGAAUCUUUUGUUGUAUUUUCUUUAUUAUUAGUUAUGCCAUUUGGCAUUUUUUGUGGUCUGACAACUCUAGUUUAAAGUCUAUUUUUGUUACUGUUUAAUCUUAAUUUUGUUAAUAAAUAACAUUAAUUUCCACUUAGCA